AAGAAGGAGUGGGGAAAUAAAGAAGGAGCGGGACCGGGGGAUGGGGAAAUAAACACAAGGAAGCUCCAGUCCAAGCAGAGCUACUCUCUAGUCUCUGGUCUCUUCUCGAGUGAGUUCUCCUGUUUGUUAAUUCUUACACUAGUAAUUUAAUUACUGUUAUUAGACUUAAGCCUAAAUUAGGGCCGACCCCGACCCUCCUCAAAUCUAUAUAUCUCUCUCUCUCACUUUGACACGCAUUGAAAACGAGUUGAAGGAUGGAUGGAGAUAUGUGUGUUUGAUCUGAGCAGCAGGUGUUUCGCGUAGAUCUGCUCCCCGCUACUAGUUAGUUGCUACUUCUACUUGUCACACUCCAAUAUUGCUAUCAUCUUUCCUUUGUUUUGCUCUGAUUGCUGAUUAUUAUAUCUCUCUUGUUCUUCAGCUCAUCUAGAUCUAUCUACUCUCUCUCUCUCCCUCUCUCUCUCUCUCCCUCUCCUCUCUCUCUCUCUCUCUCUCCCUCUCUCUCUCCCUCUCUCCCUCUCUCCCUCUCUCCCUCUCUCCCUCUCUCUCUCUCUCUCUCUCUCUCUCUCUCCCUCUCUCUCUCCUCCCCACCCGGAUCUGCCUCAUCCAUCGCCUUGUGUGUUAAUACUCUGAAUCAAUUCACUGUUGCUAGUAACGACUACAUCUUUAUCCUUGUUUACUAUUAGGAACUGUCUGCUCUCCAUUCAUCGCCUCUUCUUCUUCAUCCUGCAGCUGCUCGACUAAAUUCAUUUCUUCCUGACACGAAAAAUAAAGCUAAAUUAAUUUGUUGUUAUUACCAUGGCAUUGGGAAAAUAUUCUAGGGUCGAUGGAAGAAAAUCCACCAAUUAUAUCUCAUCCAUCACUUUUGUCGUCUUUGUUGCGCUUUGUUUGCUUGGCGUGUGGAUAAUGACGUCGUCGUCAUCAUCAUCCAUCGUCCCUCUUAAGAAUGUACUUGACAGUGAGACUGAGGUGAAGCAGAGCACCCAAGUUAGCGAGACAAAUGUGGUGGUCGACACACCCACUCAGAGCAACGUAAACACUGACAACCAGUCCAAGCAGUUUGAGGAUAAUCCUGGGGAUUUACCUGAGGAUGCAACCAAGGGGGAUAUCACCACUACGGAGAGCCCAGUGGAUUCUGAUGGCAAAAAAUCUGAUGAGUCCAAGGCUACAAAUGAAGCUCAAAGUCAGACACCAGAAGAGAAAAAGGAGGUUUUUCCUUCUGGAGCUCAAUCGGAGCUUUCAAAUGAAACUGUGACCCAGGAUGCCUCAUGGGCGACUCAAGCAGCAGAGUCCAACAAGGAAACAACUGGAUCUUUAGAAUCAGACACAAAAACCGGUUACAGCUGGAAAAUUUGCAAUGUAACUGCUGGGCCAGAUUACAUUCCAUGCCUUGACAAUUUGCAAGCAAUCAGGAGCCUUAGAUCUACUAAGCAUUAUGAACAUAGGGAGAGGCAUUGUCCGGAGGAUCCUCCGACCUGCCUUGUUUCUCUUCCCGAAGGAUAUCAGCGCUCAAUUGAGUGGCCCACGAGUAGGGAAAAGAUCUGGUAUCACAAUGUUCCACACACAAAGCUAGCAGAAAUAAAGGGACACCAAAAUUGGGUGAAAGUUGACGGUGAAUAUCUUACAUUUCCUGGGGGAGGGACCCAGUUUAAGCAUGGUGCUCUACAUUACAUUGACUUCAUACAACAGAUAGUACCUGAUAUUGCUUGGGGAAAGCGCUCUCGUGUAAUAUUGGAUGUUGGAUGUGGGGUUGCUAGCUUUGGAGGUUUUCUUUUCGAUAGAGAUGUGCUGACCAUGUCAUUUGCCCCAAAAGAUGAACAUGAAGCCCAAGUUCAGUUCGCCCUUGAGAGAGGAAUUCCAGCUUUAUCUGCUGUGAUGGGCACAAAGAGACUUCCUUUCCCUGGGAGAGUUUUUGAUAUCGUUCAUUGUGCGCGUUGCAGGGUACCAUGGCACAUUGAAGGCGGUAAGCUUCUAUUAGAACUGAAUCGAAUGCUCCGCCCAGGUGGUUUCUUUGUAUGGUCUGCUACACCUGUCUACCAGAAACUUGCUGAAGAUGUUGAGAUUUGGGAAGCAAUGAAGAAGCUAACCAAGGCAUUGUGCUGGGAACUUAUGUCUAUUAGCAAAGAUAGAGUAAAUAAGGUUGGUGUUGCUAUAUAUCAGAAGCCUAGUUCUAACGAGUGCUACGAGACAAGAUCUGAGAUGGAGCCACCACUAUGCAAAGAAUUUGAUGAUCCAAAUGCAGCCUGGAAUGUGCCUUUACAAGCGUGCAUACAUAAAGUGCCUGUUGGUGCAUCAGAGCGAGGGUCACAAUGGCCAGAACAGUGGCCUGCAAGAGCGGAGAAGCCACCUUACUGGUUAUCAAGUUCACAGGUUGGAGUUUAUGGAAAAGCUGCACCCGAGGAUUUCACGGCAGACUAUGAACAUUGGAAACGUGUUGUAACAAAAUCAUAUAUCAGUGGAAUGGGGAUAAAUUGGUCUACUGUGAGAAAUGUAAUGGAUAUGAGAGCCGUAUACGGAGGAUUUGCUGCUGCUCUGAGAGACAUGAAUGUUUGGGUCAUGAAUGUAGUUAACAUUGAUGCUCCGGACACACUACCUAUAAUAUUUGAAAGAGGGCUAUUUGGAAUAUACCACGACUGGUGCCAGUCAUUUAGCACAUAUCCAAGAACAUAUGAUCUUCUUCAUGCAGAUCAUAUCUUCUCCAAGAUAAAACAGAAAUGUAAUUUCGAGGCAUUUGUGGCAGAGGUUGAUCGGAUUCUAAGACCAGAAGGACACUUGCUUGUGCGGGACAAAGCAGAGAGCAUCAGUGAGUUAGAAAACAUGUUUAAGUCUAUGCAUUGGGAGGUCCGCAUGACCUACACUAGGGACAGUGAAGGCCUGCUGUGUGUGAAAAAGAGCAUGUGGCGUCCUAAUGAGGUGGUGACAAUUCCAUAUGCAAUUGCCUAAGAGGGAAAAGGCAUGUCGAUUCACUUGCAUUCUUUCUCAUAAAAGGAAGAAUAGGUAUCAUAAUUUUGACUGCGUUUUAUUAUUAAAAGUUGUUUAAUAGGUUAUUUCUUUGGUCAGUAUAUCUUAAGCUUAGUCUACUAGUGUUGCCUAGUUUUCAAUAUUUCUUUGGCACCAAGGGGUUUGCAGACUUUUUGGUUGUUAGUUGCCUCAAUUUGGUGACUCAGGGUUCAUUAGGUUUGAAUAUUCUCUGGUCAGGGUUAUUGUUUAUUGAUUAUGGUUUCCGUUGUAAUAUUAUAAGAACAUAUUAUAGUACUGAUGGAUGAUGAAAACAAUCUUGUUUAUGUUAUAGAAGAUUUGAGAAAUGUAUUUGUUUGUAAUUUCA